UCUCUCUUUCUCUCUCUUUCUCUACUUGUGUGGAAAGACAGCAGUCAACCACAAAGCUAAGGAAAGGAAAGGAAAGGCAACCCCACUAGUUCCACUUGUUCAUUUGUUUUUGGCUCAAAAUACAUUUGUUUUCUGCAACAGCUUCAUCUCCGUUUUUCUCCUCUCUAGCUAGCUAGCUAGGAUUUUGUGUGUUUGCCAAUUGGACAAAUGUUUGUUGGAUCACACUCAAACCAAAAUUUCUUAGCUGCCCAACCUAAACCCUCAACUUUAAUUUCUUUUCCUUUUUCUACAAAAUAAUGGAAUUUAUGGAGCCACAUACACAUUCUAGUAGUAGUAGAAAUAAUAAUGGUGCUAGUAGCUCCGACCACCACCGUCCACCGCCGCCACAAGCUCAAGAGCCGCCGCCGCCGCCCUCUUCUCUCCAGCUGGUUUCACACCAAAGUCAACCUGACCCACCCACCCAUGGUCCCUUCAUUGGCUCCAUUUCUGGGAAAUCUGCAAGAACCCCCACCCACCCUCUUCUCUCUCCGCCGCCUUCUAACUUGGUGAAGAAACCGUCCAAGGACCGGCACACGAAGGUGGACGGGCGAGGGCGGCGGAUUAGGAUGCCGGCGUUGUGCGCCGCCAGGGUGUUCCAGCUCACCAGAGAAUUGGGUCAUAAGUCCGAUGGGGAGACCAUAGAGUGGCUCUUGCAUCAGGCGGAGCCGGCUGUUAUCGCCGCCACAGGGACGGGUACGAUUCCGGCUAAUUUCUCCACUCUCAACGUGUCUUUGCGCGGCGGUGGGACUACGAUUUCCGCUCCGCCCUCCAAACCCGCGCCGCUCUUCAUCCACGGCGGCGGCGCCGCCUUCCACCGCCACUUCUCACUCACCGGAGGAGGAGUCCAAGAUAACGAACCGGGCUCAGAUCCCAAACCCGCCUCGUCUCACCCCUCCACCUUCAUUCCUGCUCCGGCCAUGUGGGCGGUGGCAGCACCGGCGGCCGGAAACGCCGGCAAUUCCUUCUGGAUGCUUCCCCUGAGCGGGGGUGCUACAAGCGGGACCCCCACCGUAGCUCAGCCGGAGCAACCCCACUUGUGGCAGUACAAGGGAUCAGGCGGAUUCGAGUUCCCCGGCGGCCGGUUCAGUCCGGUACAUUUAGGCGCCGCGCAGCCGGUUCAGCAGCUAGGACUGGGCGUCUCAGAGAGCAACAUGGGAAUGCUGCCCUCCGCCGCCGCCAUUAACGCCGCCGCGUACACCACUAGCUCUAACAUUAAGAUGGUUGAUUUGGGCAUGACUUUGGAACAACAUCAACAUCAUGGCCGCCAUGAUAAUAAUCAGAACCAGCAGCCUCAAGGCAGUGACAGUGGAGGUGAAAACCCCAAAGAUUCUGAAUGAUAAUGUCGAUGCCCUUGCCCUAGGAUAUAUUCCAUUUCAUUUCUUUAUUUGCUUCAAUUGAAUAAUCCAUUUCCAAAUUUAGCCACUCUAAUUUGGAGUUCAAAAAAAAUGGCUCAUUGUAAAUGUUGUCAAAUUACUUUCUCAAACAUUUUUAGUUCAAAGAA